AACUGUGGAGCAGUUCACGUGUAACAAUGGGGAGCUGGAAGAAUCACGUGCGAUCUCAACUUCUUCACAGAGACGAUAAAGAAAAACUACCAUAUGUUGGCGUUUUCAAUAGACUCACUCAGCUGGAGGACCAAUUUGAAAUUCGCACAGGGAUUUUGGAGGAUCUUCAAUGUAAAAGUUUGGAACGAGCAGGAGUAGAAGUUGACAUAAACACCAAACUCCUUCAACUCCAGUUGAGAGAAAGUGAACACUUGGCAGAGAAACUGUCUCAAACUGUCUCCGACAUGACCUCAGUCUUGUAUGUGAAAGAAGCUGAGGUCCAGUACUGGCAGUCACGCGUGUCACAACACCGCCAAGAGGCGCUUACUCUGGCUAAAGCGAAAAACAACUUAAAGGCUGCCCUCCAAGAGUUUGAGUUCACCAUGGAGUGUCAGUCCAAAGAGCUAAUGGCCCUACGCUCAGAGCACACCAAACUGAAGGAGGCGCUGGAGCAGGCCCACAGAGACAAAGAGGAACUCGUGCAGCGAUGGAUCGAGGAAAAGAGCGCUGAAGCAGAUCGACUGAAUGAACACAACGACUUAAUGCAAACGUGGCAACAUCUGGACAAACAGCUGAAGAAGCACUUCCACGGCGAAAGAGGAAAACGCUUUACUCACUUACUGACAGACGUUACGGAUGGUGCGACAGAAGCAUCUCAGUCAGUCAUUCAGGGAGUUCAAGACUCUAGACAGGAAGUUGAGAUUAAAACGGCAUCUCUCCUCCAGAAAAUGUCUGGUAUCGCUAACCCUGACUUCAUAGUAGAGACAUUUAUUAAUCUGUGUUUGUUUAAAUGAAGGCAUCAAUAAUGGCACAAAAUGGGACGUGCAUAGGACAAAAAAUGUCUGGUGUAUUUAAAUAUUGUCUGGUGUAUUUAAAUAUUAGCUAUGAGCUGCAAAAUGUGUUUGUUAAAAUAAAUAUGUUAUAGUAUCCAAUUAUGAGCAGAUUGUGUUUCGACAUAAUUAUAAAAACACUGAAAAUGUUUACUUGAAUGUAAGUUCUUGUUUUAAGAGGAAUAGGAUGAUACUUUUUUUGUCUGCUGGUGUUUUUUUGUUGUUGUUUCUUAGGAUUUUAAGUCUUUGUAAAAAUAACCUUGCUUUGUAAACAGAAAAAGUGUACCUGAUUUAAACUGAUUAUAUUCUUGUGGUUUUUAUUUGUAAGCCAUAAUAAAAGUAAAGGAGCAUGCUA